AUGACGAUACCUGAUCUUUUCGAUGCAUUCAUCGAGUUCGUUUUCAAUGAUAUGCCCGCCCGCCUCAUAUACAUCCCCGAAAUGAGAUUCGUCGCAUACGACGAGGUCAUCAGCCUCUAUACACCAAAGAUCGCGGACAUCACGGAGAAAGACAUCCAGGACCAAACAGGGAGCAGGAACCGUUUUGAUAUAUCUCGGAAGGAGGCAUUGGCGAUCGUCGUGAAAGGUGCGGUGAAGUAUGCAAUGUUUUCUCAUCGCUGGCUUAGUGCUGGCCUGGAGCCCACUUUCCAAGACCUCGCGUCGCCUGACUCCGAUUGGCAGGGGCGCACAGGAGCCGGGUACGAUAAGCUCCGCAAAUUCCUCGAGAAAGCGCAGGUGUUUGGUUGUAUGCUGGCGUGGUCGGACACAUGCUGCAUCAACAAGACGAGCAGCGCUGAGCUCGAAGAAGCGAUCCGGUCCAUGUUCAGGUGGUACCGCAACUCUCACAUGUGCAUUGCGUAUCUCUCGCAAUCAUCUUCCCCAGCCGACUUCGCAGAUGAGGUAUGGUUCUCGCGGGGGUGGACCCUGCAGGAGCUGCUCGCGCCUCCGGCGAUGAAGUUUUACGGGAGAAAUUGGGAGCCACUGACGGGCGACGAAGAUCUGGAAUGGCAUGACAAGAGGCGCGAUUCCUUUCUCAACGAGAUUACCAAAGUGACUUCCAUACCCUACCGCGACCUCUUCAACUACCACCCUGGCACCGACCGCGUGCACGAAAAGAUGCUCUGGGCCUCACAUCGACGCACGACCAAGACCGAAGAUAUGGCGUAUGCGCUCAUUGGGAUCUUCGACAUCACGAUGCCGAUUGCGUACGGGGAGGGCGCGUGGGCGUUCGUGAGGCUCGUGGAAGCAAUUAUGGGAAGGUGUGGGGAAUGGGGGAUCUUUGCAUGGGUGGGGCAGAGCUCGAGGUACAGUACCGGGAUUGCAGAAUCCCCAGGGAGCUACCGACCGCUUCCGUUUACGGGAAACUAUAGAGAAGGGCAUUAUGGACAUGUUCGGCGAGGGGACAAGUUAUUCAAACCUACCAAACGUGGCGUGAAGCUGCGCCUGCUUCUCGUCGCCCCUACAUCUAAGUGGAGCGAUGGAAGUUGGUCAGAAGUCAAUAAUCAUCGAUACAAGUCGUUCACGUUCAAUUUCGAUUCGGGGGAUGAACCGGACGACGGGGUUUUGGAAGAGGUGAUGACCAAGGUGGACGCCAGUGAGGUCUCAAGUGAAUUCAAGGUGGCGGUAGGAGUUUUGAACUAUUUCACUGUCGCCACAGACGAGUCACAGGGGAUACUUCUACCCGGCAAUGAUUUUGUCGGGCUCCUACUGCAUGCCGAUCCAGGAGAGCCGGGUAGUUGGAAGAGGAUUUCAACCGACGAACUUCUUCUAAUUUCCUGCCGCAAAGUGACGCAACGUCGGUUGACGACGGUAUGGCUGUGA